AUGGCUCCCAAACGUGGCAGGGGAGGAGGUGCUGGUCAGCACACCUUGAGUUUCUGGAUGCGGUCCAAAAACAUUGAAGGUGGAGUGCGUGAUCGCUCACGGUCCCCAGUGCAGACUGACGGUUCCGCACUGCCAGAGGACGGGCAGAAUGAUGUCAGUGACGGUGGAUUCUGCAGUGCCAACCUGGCCACGGCGAAACCAUCGUUGCGACAACGGCUUGCUGCCCGAGGGGCGGCGAUGUCUGCGUCACCCCAGGUUCGCGAGCACUUGCGGGGUAGUGUGCCAAAGUCCUGCGUUCAGCAGAAGCUGCUCUUUCCGAACUCUCCGCCUAGUGGUGCCAAAGCCUUGGCCACGCCGUGCCGAAGCCCUUGUCGCUCAGACUUGCGCAAAGAUCCUGACACGUUGGAAUCCCAAAUUCGGCAGGAGGAAGAUCCAAAGCAGUGUGCGGUACAUGCCAGCAUCAAGGAGAGGCUGCCAGAUGCGGAGUAUCGUGACGAACGUGAGGAUCCUCGUAAGGCUCGUGAAGAAGAGGCCUCGGAGGAGGUUGCAAGAAUCUUGCGGUUGGCGAAGAAAAGAGAAGGGAAGGAGGGAAAGGAUUUCUCUGAAGGCUGCGACUUGGUCUGGGCCAAGGCGGUCUUAGGCUUGGAUGACUUGGAUGCGGAUGCAACGGAAGUCUCUUUGGUUCAGCAGAAAUUCCGAUCACUCAUGCGAAAGCUCCACCCCGAUCGCAUUGGGGCCUGCAGCGGGGCCACUGCGGCCAUGGAUGAGCUCCGCAAGGCCAAACAGCUGUGUGAACACAGGUUGAAAUUCCAAAACCUGCGCCCACCUGGGGCACCUGUACGUCUGGCGUUUAGUAUGCUCUGCGCGGCACCGGGCCGGCGGCGCAUCCGAAUUUCUUGGCAGCCUCCUUCAGCAUCGGCAUCGUCGCCAGUGCGGAAAUAUUUCGUGGCCGCUUUGGAUCCCUCAUUCGGUCAGCCACUCACAAUCACUGUCCUGGAGGAAUGGAAUGAUGAGCUCAGGAGAUGUCUGUCCGUGGAUGAACUGACAAGCUGCAUCUUGUCAGAGGAAGACUUGGUGAAGAUGCCUGCCUUUUUCCAGCAAGCGGCAGCAGUUGUCUAUGUGGCGGCGGGCAAUGAAGCCGGCCAGUCGAAGUGGGCAACCAUCAGUGUCCCGUUGCGUGGCCCUGCUGCGAUGCAGAGUGCCGGUGAAGUGCCUGCGCAGCCAGCAGGCAAGGUCGAUGCCAAGGUCGAUGCCAGGGUCGAUGCCAGGGUCGAUGCCAGGGUCGAUGCCAGGGUCGAUGCCAAGAGCACCCAGGGCAAAGUAUCAUCCCGGCAGUGCAAGGACUUUGAAUCUGCUGCGCAUGCACUGCUGAAGAAGCCAAACGGAGCUGCGGAGCUCUGUGCUUGGCUCCGCAAGCAGAGCAGAGGAUUGCUUGCCAGCUGGUUGCAGUCCCAAGCAUGGCCCACGAAAGGUUCGAAGGCAGAGCUGGUCGAUCGUGUUGCUUUUGCUGUGGGCGCCAUUGGAAAAGCCAACUGA